AUGCCUGAAUUUGCUUAUUGGAAUUUUCUUAAAAGAUGCAUUUAUGAAUUCAGUGCUACAAUUUCCUGUCAUACAUUUCCUUAUCACUUGUUGUUUGUUAUUUUGCUAAUCAGAAAUUUGACAGGAAAAUCAAAAUUGAGCACAAGAACUGUUAUACUUAGUAAGAUCUGUAACCGCGUGGAAGUUUUUUUUAUUAAACAUUUAUUAAACAGCCAUUUUCAGAAACAGUAUCGACAGUAUCGCCGGGAUGAAGAACGAUAUAUCGCCAAACGUGAUCGAGUUCUCAAGGACAGAUUAGAUAGAGCAAAUGGUAGCAAUGAAGCAAAGAAUUAUUUAUAUGAAUUACUUAAUCUACAAAGUAAUAUGAAUAUAACUCUGAAAGUGUACGAAACAACAGAGGAGGAAAUGCGACAUUCUAUUUUAGCUACUAUACUGCAAGAAGCAACCGAUAUAUGGAAUUUAUUAGAUCCUGCACAUAUUGAUUAA